AUGGAGGCUGCCCGCGCCUUGCGCUUCCUGCUCGUGGUGUGCGGCUGCCUUGCGCUCCCGCCGCGGGCCCAGCCGGUGUGUCCGGAGCGCUGCGACUGCCAGCACCCCCAGCACCUCCUGUGCACCAACAGGGGGCUCCGGGCCGUGCCCAAGACCAGCUCGCUGCCGAGCCCGCAGGAUGUGCUCACCUACAGCCUCGGCGGCAACUUCAUAACCAACAUCACGGCCUUCGACUUCCACCGCCUGGGUCAGCUCAGACGGCUGGACCUGCAGUACAACCAGAUCCGUUCUCUGCACCCCAAGACCUUCGAGAAGCUCUCGCGGCUGGAGGAGCUCUACCUGGGCAACAACCUCCUGCAGGCGCUCGCCCCGGGCACGCUGGCGCCGCUGCGCAAGCUGCGCAUCCUCUACGCCAACGGGAACGAGAUCAGCCGCCUCAGCCGCGGCUCCUUCGAGGGACUGGAGAGCCUGGUCAAGCUGCGGCUGGACGGGAACGCCCUGGGGGCGCUGCCGGACGCCGUCUUUGCCCCCUUGGGUAACUUGCUCUACCUACAUCUGGAGUCCAACCGGAUCCGUUUUCUGGGCAAGAACGCCUUCGCCCAUCUGGGGAAGCUGCGCUUCCUCAACCUCUCUGCCAACGAGCUGCAGCCCUCCCUACGCCACGCGGCCACCUUCGCACCGCUGCGCUCCCUCUCCACCCUCAUACUCUCGGCCAACAGCCUGCAGCACCUCGGGCCGCGCGUCUUCCAGCACCUGCCGCGCCUUGGCCUACUCUCGCUCAGGGGCAACCAGCUCACGCACCUCGCGCCCGAGGCUUUUUGGGGGUUGGAGGCCUUGCGCGAGCUGCGCCUGGAGGGCAAUCGGCUGAGCCAGCUGCCCGUGGCGCUGCUGGAGCCUCUGCACAGCCUGGAGGCGCUGGACCUGAGCGGCAAUGAGCUGUCCGCUCUGCACCCCACUAUCUUUGGCCACCUGGGCCGGCUGCGCGAGCUCAGCUUGCGCGACAAUGCGCUCAGUGCUCUCUCGGGGGACAUCUUCGCCUCCAGCCCAGCCCUCUAUCGGUUGGAUCUAGACGGCAACGGCUGGACCUGCGACUGCCGGCUGAGGGACCUGAAGCGCUGGAUGGGUGACUGGCACUCGCAGGGCCGGCUCCUCACCGUCUUCGUGCAGUGUCGCCACCCUCCGGCCCUGCGGGGCAAGUACCUGGAUUACCUGGAUGACCAGCAACUGCAGAACGGGUCUUGCACAGAUCCCUCACCCUCGGUUUCCCCGACUGCCGAGAGCAAGCGGCAUGCCCUACCCACAGCCCCGGGGGAGGAGGUGGCGCUCCCUGCAGGUGCCCUCGCGGAGGAGCCGCCGCCGCUGCCACAGCCACAGCAAAGGGGUCGAUUUCUGCCAGGGGUGGCCUGGGAUGGGGCCGCCAGGGAGCUUUUGAGUAACCGCAGCGCCCUAAGGCUGAGCCGGCGGGGCCCGGGCCUCCAGCAGCCGAGCUCCAACGCCGCUGCUGCCGCGGGCCCGGCGCCACACCCCCUGGACCUCCUCGAGAAGCCUGAGCGGGGACGUCCGACUCCGUCGGAUCGUGCCCACACGGAGCCCACCCCGACGGCCACGCUGGGCUCUGCGCCAGCCGGCGACCCCUGGCAGCGCGCAGCGAAGCAGCACCUGGCUGCGCAGCAGCAGGAGAGCACCGCCCAGUCCGACGGCGGGGUCGGCCUGCCGCCGCUGGUAUCCGACCCGUGUGACUUCAACAAGUUCAUCCUGUGCAACCUGACCGUAGAAGCAGUGGGCGCCAACAGCGCCGUGGUGCGCUGGGCGGUGCGCGAGCACCGCAGUCCCCGGCCGCUGGGCGGCGCGCGCUUCCGCCUACUCUUCGACCGCUUUGGCCAGCAGCCUAAAUUCCACCGCUUCGUCUACCUGCCUGAGCGCAGCGACUCGGCCACGCUUCGCGAGCUGCGGGGAGACACCCCCUACCUGGUGUGCGUGGAGGGCGUGCUAGGCGGCCGGGUCUGCCCGGUGGCUCCCCGGGACCACUGCGCGGGGCUGGUCACCCUGCCGGAGCCUGGGAGCCGGAGCAGCGUCGACUACCAACUGCUGACCUUGGCCCUUCUGGCCGUCAACGCACUGCUGGUACUCCUGGCCUUGGCGGCCUGGGCGUCGCGCUGGCUGCGUAAGAAGCUGCGGGCCAGGCGGAAGGGCGGGGCUCCCGUCCACGUUCGCCACAUGUACUCUACCCGACGGCCCCUGCGCUCCAUGGGCACCGGUGUGUCUGCCGACUUCUCUGGCUUCCAGUCGCACCGGCCGCGCACCACCGUGUGCGCGCUCAGCGAGGCGGACCUCAUCGAGUUCCCGUGCGACCGCUUCAUGGACAGCGGGGGCGGCGGCGCGGGCGGCAGCCUGAGGCGGGAGGACCAUCUCCUGCAGCGAUUUGCCGACUAG